AUGGUCAAGGCCUAUCUGAAAUUCGAGAAGGAUCAAGCCGUUGGAGUGGUCACCAGCCGCGAAUGCAACGUCUCCUUUGAUCCAACGGGAAGGUUUGCCCUCAGCGGCGCCGUGGAAUCGGUUGCUAUUUGGAACCUGCGACAGGGAGUGCAGGAGAAGGCUUUGGCGCUGCACAACAGCAGCGAGCGGGUCUCCAGACUUUGUGUCCAGGAGGUGGCUGGCUCUGGGCGCUGUGCCGUUGGUUACCAAGAUGGCACCGUGAGGCUUUGGGACCUGAAGGCCUGUGCGGUUCUGCAGACUUUGCAGGGACAUCGUUCCGCAGUGACUUGCCUAUGCUUCGACAAGGCGGGUCAUUUGAUGGCUUCAGGCAGCAACGAUACAGACCUGAUCGUCUGGGACUUGGUGGGAGAGUCGGGCAUCGCGCGACUGCGUGGACAUGUGGACGCGGUGACCUCGGUGCUCUUCUGGGAGGCAUCAGUGGUUCGGCUGAUCAGCGCUUCGAAGGACCGCCUCAUCCGCAUUUGGUCCUUGGAGAUGCAAAUUUGCCUGCAGGCCAUCGCUGAAGCCUCGGAGCUUUGGUGCCUGGCUCUCAACGCGCCGCAGACCAGGCUUGUCGCUGGCAGUAGCGAGAAGUUUCUUCACGUCUGGUCGUUGGAUCAUGAGGCGAAGACCAGUGAAGCAGGCGAUCUCCUCUUGGCCAAGUUCCAGGGUGCUGUGCCACGCACCGAAGGACAGGGUCAAGCCCUCUCGGUGCGCUUCGCACAUGUGGGCACUUUGGAGGUCCUGCUUUGCCAGGGUUCUGGCCGGAGCUUCGAGAUCUUCCGCGUCUUCAGCGACAACGAGGUGGCCAAGAGGCGGAAGCGCCGGGAGCGCCGGGCCAAGGCGAAGCUGCGGAAGAAGGGCACGGAGGACGCUGCAGAUGCCGUGGAUCACGAGCACCACGAGGCCGAGGACGACGAACAUGAAGCCGAGGGCUCCCAUGCAGCUGACGAGAUCACACACCUCCAAACACAUCGCUGCAGUGCGAAGGCGCUUUCGAUGGCUUGGAAUGAGAAGACCAGUACUGCAUUGCUGGGCCUCACGAAUAAUCUGAUGGAGUCAGUUCGAAUCACAGCAGCUGAGUCCCAGGAAGGGCCGGCGAUUCAUCUGGAAGCGACUCCCACUUUGGAGUUGGCUGGGCACCGCACGGGUGUUCGAGCUUUGGCAGUGGCGCAAGAUGAUUCCAUGUUUAUGUCCUUGAGUUCGGAAUCUGUGAAGAUUUGGAGUGCCUCUACCGGCCGUUGUGUAAGGACCAUGCCGUCCGGCUAUGGCCUGUGUGGCUUUUUCAUCGCCGGCAACGAGCAUGUGCUGAUUGGCACCAAGGAGGGCAAACUGGAGCUAUACAAUAUCCAGCUUGGGGAGCUUUCGCAGAGUGUGGAGGCCCACAGUGGAGCCGUCUAUGGCUUGGCACAGCGGCCCGAUCAGAAAGGCUGCGUCAGCUGCUCGGCGGACCGCACCUUGCGUUUCUUCGACUUCGAAUUUACGAAGGGCUCCAGCAGCUCAGUGAAGCUGCUGGAGCAGACGGAACGGUCCACAGAACUACCAGAUGAGUUGCUGGCGGUGGCCUACUCACCCAACAGUAAAUACAUCAAUGUCGCCCUCUUGAACCACACUGUGGUGGUGCUCUUUGAAGAUUCGUUGAAGUUUUAUCUCUCCCUUUACGGUCACCGUUUACCGGUGAUGACACUGGAUGUCUCGGACGACUCGCAGCUCAUUGCCUCGGGCUCGGCGGACAAGAACGUGAGGCUUUGGAGCACGCAGUUUGGCAAUUGCUUACGAUCAUUGAAGGCGCACAACGAGUCAGUGAUGCAGGUUCGUUUUCUACCUGGGACCCACUAUUUGGCAACCGCUGGCCGUGAUCACAUGUUGAAACUCUGGGACUGCGACAGCUACGAAGUCAUCAGCACCUUGGCAGGUCACGCCACUGAAAUCCUGGCCAUGGCCCUGUCGCAGGAUGCCGCUUUCAUCAUCACUGCUGGAAAUGACAAGCAGAUCCGGAUGUGGAAGCGCACGCAGGAGCAGCUCUUCUUGUCGGAGGAACGGGCCAAGGAGUUGGAAGAUCAAUUUGAACAAGAAGUGGAGAGAGAGGAUCUGCAGGCUACCUCUGCCCCGCGCCCCUCACGGCGCACCGUGGAGAGCGUCCGGACCACUGAUCGGUUGAUGGAGGUGUUAGACGAGGCCAAAGCAGCCGAGGAGCAGCUGGAAGCGGAUGGAGUGGAUCCGCAAUCGAUCGCAGAGGUUGGGCAAGGAGCACGGCACCCCUGUGCGCGAGCGAUUGCGUACAUUAACACGUUGAACUCCAAUAACAUCUACGAAGUGCUCUUGGCCUUGCCCUUCUCCCAUGCCGUGCUGCUGUUGAAGGUGAUCCUGCGUUUCUUUGAAGCCGUCAGCGCGCUGCCCGGCGGCGAGGGUGCUCAAGCACGAAGCAAGGCGCUCUCGGCCGCUGCCACUCUGCAGACGCCUUGUCAAGCAGCUCUGAUCGCGGCUUAUGUGCAUCACAGCGAGCUGGCCAGCAGCAACUGCCGCCCAGUGUUGCUGCGCUUGAAACAAGAAAUGCAGAAAUUACUGCAGGCCGAGAAGGCCUGGAUCACCGAGAGCCGCAACACGUUGUUGGCGGGUUACCCUCUGGUAAACUAA